CUUUCCGCAGACUUCCAAGAAAUUUCUUACUCGGGAUCAAACGCGCGCUGUGCUUUUUUGCCGAUCCACCACUUUUAUAUUCAAAUCGCAAUACCUCGCUCCCAGUUAGAGAUUAUUGCAACCAUGGCGAUUCAAGUGGCAGCACCAACAUCCUUUGGCUUCACCAGCGAUUCCAAAUAUAGAUAUGAUGUUUUCCUGAGUUUCAGAGGCGAAGAUACUCGCCACUCCUUCACUGUCAUUCUCUACGAUUCGUUGCGCCGGAAGGGAAUCAAUGCCUUCAUCGACGACAAGAAGCUUGGCAAAGGGGAACGGAUCUCACCUGCGCUACUUAAAGCCAUUGAGAAAUCAAGGAUUUCAAUUAUUGUGUUCUCUACCAACUACGCUACUUCCACAUGGUGCCUCGAUGAACUGGCUCACAUCGUUCGCUGUAAGAAGGAGAAAAACCAGGUGGUUAUGCCAAUAUUUUACAAGGUGCAUCCAAUUGAUGUACAAUAUCAAAGAAAUAGCUUUGGAGAAGCCUUGGCCGAUCAUGAAGUCAGGUUCACAAAUGACCGGCAGAAAGUGCAGAAAUGGAGGUCUGCAUUAUUUGAAGCUGCUAGUUUGUCAUUAGAAUGGGUUUUCGAAGAUGGAUAUGAAUUUGGGUUUAUUGAAAGGAUUGUUGAAGAUGUAUAUGCUGUGCUUCCUCCUAAACCAUUCCAUAACAUAGAACACAUGGUUGGACUUGAGCCUCGGAUAAAAGAAGUGAUCUCACUUCUAAAUAAAUCUGACGAUGGUGUUUGCAUGUUGGGGAUUCAUGGAACUGGUGGAAUUGGCAAAACAACCCUUGCAAAAGCUAUCUAUAAUUCAAUCUUCUACCAGUUUGAAGGUGCAUGUUUCUUGUUUGAUGUCAGAGAAGCAUCAAAGAAAUUCCAGGGCAUUGUUUGUCUUCAACAGUUACUUCUAUCAGAGAUUCUUGAGGAAAAGAGGAUGAAGUUUGGUAGUGCUGACGAAGGAAUAUCAAAAAUAAAACACAGACUCUCUCAUAGAAGAGUUUUGUUGGUUCUUGAUGAUGUUGAUGAGAUUGAACAGUUAGAACAACUUGCAGGGGGGUGUGAUUGGUUUGGUUGUGGAAGCAAGGUCAUUAUAACAACAAGAAAUAAGCAAUUACUGAUUGCUUGUAAUGUUAAAAGAACAUAUGAAUUGAUGGAGCUAAAUGAUCAUGACUCUCUUGAACUCUUCUGUCGGCAUGCCUUUCAUAUGAGCCAACCUCCAAAAGGCUAUCAAGAUAUGUCUAGUCAUGUGAUACGUUAUGCACGGGGCCUUCCUUUGGCUGUGAGAUUAAUUGGUGCCAAUUUAGCACAUAAAAACUUAGAGGAAUGGAGAUCUACAUUGGAACAAUAUGAUCGGAUCCCAGAAAGAACAAUGCAUGAAGUACUAAAGAUAAGCUAUGACUGCUUACAAGAUGGUGCUAAGAUUAUUUUCUUGGAUAUUGCUUGUUUCUUUAGAGAGGAGUUAUUGGAUUCUAUUGAUGAAAUAGUAGAAGCAUGUGGGUAUGGUGCAAGGUUUUAUAUUGAAGUGCUUAUUGAUAAAUCUUUGAUAACUAUUACUGAAAAUGGUCAUUUUUGCAUGCAUGAUCUGAUAAAACAAAUGGGUAGAGAGAUUGUUAGGGAGGAGGCACCAUCAAAUCCCGGCAAACGUAGUAGAUUGUGGUAUUAUAAAGAUGUUCUUGAAGUACUACAUGAAAAUUCAGGAAGUAGUAAUAUUGAAGGAAUAGUGUUUGAUCCACCUCAACAAGAAGAAGUGAACUGGAGUGGUAUAGCCUUUAAGAAGAUGAAUAAUCUUAGAAUUCUUGUUGUUCGGAAGGGCGAAUUUUCAACUGGCCCUAAAUAUCUUCCCAAUAGUUUAAGAUGGCUUGAAUGGGAGGGAUAUCCUUCUACAGAACUGCCGCCAAAUUUUUCUCCAAACAAACUAGUUUUAUUCAAGUUAUGUUGCAGUCCUUUCAGGUUGGAAGAGCCAUUCAAGAGGUUUGAAUAUUUGACAUGUAUGAAUUUCUCACACUGUGAAUUCAUAACUGAAGUACCUGAUAUGUCUCAAUUCCAAAGUUUAAGGAGAUUGUUGUUUAAAGACUGCUACAACUUGAUCAAAGUUCAUGAUUCAGUGGGAUCUCUCUCCAAGCUGGUUGUAUUAGAUGUUGGUGGAUGUGUCAAACUUACAGGCUUUCCACAUGAAAUCAAUUUGCCAUGUCUUACAGAUAUUGAUCUGAGUCAUUGCAAGAGUCUUGACUACUUCCCACAUAUAGUGGGAAAGAUGGAUGCAUUAACAGAUGUUUGGGCUGAAGACACUGCUAUUAAGGAGCUCCCACCUUCCAUUGGAAACCUUGCCGGGCUUGAAUCUUUAAAUUUAAGCUUCUGCCAAAGUCUCAGGCAGCUUCCAAACAGCUUAUUCACGUUGCAAAAUCUUAACUGGCUUGAUUUGGGAGGCAUUCAACCUGAUAGCAGAAAAUCUUUAAAGAAAUUAAUGCAAGAGAACCAACCAAUUAUUAGCUGCACAAACGUACAAUUCUUGAUUCUCGAAAAUUGUUGUCUAUUGGAUGAAGAUAUUCACCUAACUCUGAAUCUUUUCCGGAAUUUGAUAGAGUUAAAUCUAUCAGGGAAUGAUUUUGUGUCCCUUCCUGAGUGCCUCAAAGAGUGUCGUAAGUUGUUGAAAUUGGAUAUGAAUAACUGCAAGAGGCUAAGAGAUAUACCAGAGUUACCAUCAAAUUUGCUGUACAUACAGGCAGAGAAUUGCAUUUCAUUGACUGCAGAGUCAUUAGGCCAUUUAUGGUCUCAGGCAAAAAAGGAGUUCUUCGGCAUGAGAAUCAUUUUGCCAGCAACACCAACAUUUCCUGACUGGUUGGACAAUUGGUGUGAAGGAGGGAAAUUGUCUUUUCUUGCUUGUAGGAAUUUCCCUCACGUGGCCUUUGCAUUUGAGUUGGGGAAGGCCAACACAAGUAGGAGGAGACAUUCCGUCCAGUUUUCUCUGAGCAUCAAUGGUCGUGUGAUACAAAAGACACAUGAUGGUAUCAAAAUUGCACAAGGUCAUGUGUCUUUGUUUAAUCUUGGAGUUGCUUUUGAGGGAGAAGACUGGAUGUGGUCUCAAAGAUUUAUGGAUUUGGAUUGGAAUGAUGUGGAAGUACAAGUGACUUGUUUAACUCCAGUUAUGGUGCCAGUAGUUAAGUGUGGAGUUUAUGUGUACAAACAACAAACAAACUCAAAGAAUAUCCAAUUCAAGUCUCCUUUGCUUUCCAUGAAUGCUCCGACAUCUUCACUGAAACGAAAAUCAGUAGCUUCUCCUUCUAAUGAGCCACCCAGCAAGUUCCUAAGAAAGUUCAAGGAUGCUGAUAAAGGAAAACUCGACAAGACAAAUCAAGGUUCAAGGAGAAAUAAUAAACGACGCCAAAAUUUUCAUUCACGUUGCAAGAGAAGGAUGGUUUUUCCAAUGGAGAGAGCGAUCAAGUCCUUAGGGGAGAGGCCAAGGGAGGAGAAUCUGGAGAUGAGUUGGUUAAGGUUAGAUGUGGGUAUUGGAACUGAGCCAUGAAGAAUACCCUGCAUUACACCAACAAGCAUAUUCUAUGUGUAUUCCACCUCUGUUUUAUAUUCAAGAAACAGAGAUAAACAGAGUCAAAAUAUGACCCUUGAAAAAGAGGCUAACAGAGUGAUAAAAUAAAGGUUCCUUAACA